AUGGCCUGGUUCCCUCACGAACAGGGUGAACCAGAGGAGAUCGCAAAGGAGAAGUGCCGCCUUGCAGCCCUUCAAGUCAAGGGUCCAGUUUUUGUCGAGGACACAUGCCUUUGCUUCAAUGCCUACAAGGGGCUACCUGGUCCUUAUGUCAAAUGGUUUCUGGAGAAGCUGGGGCACGAUGGUUUAAACCGAAUGCUGCACGGCUUUGAUGACAAGACAGGGUAUGCCCUGUGCACCUUUGCCUACAGCGACGGACCCGAUGCUGAGCCGCACGUCUUCAUGGGGAGGACAGACGGUACUAUCGUCCCAGCCAGGGGCCCAGCCACGUUUGGGUGGGACCCCAUUUUUCAACCCUCCGGCUUUGACCAGACAUAUGCGGAAAUGGAGAAGGCUGCGAAGAAUGCAAUCUCACACAGGCGGCGGGCUCUGGACAAACUCAGGCAUCACCUCGUCCAGCGCUACGCCACCUGA